CAGAUAAAUAAUGGAUGACGCUACCAAGACACGUUUAAAGGCGAUUCCAUUAUGUAAAACCAAAGCCGGGCCACGAGAUGGGGAUUUGUGGAUAGAACGGUUGAAGGAAGAAUACCAAGCGAUUAUAAAAUUCGUACAGAACAACAAAGAAUCUGAUUCGGACUGGUUUAGACUGGAAUCGAAUGCGGAUGGCACGAAAUGGUUUGGGAAAUGCUGGCAUUAUCACAACAUGGUAAAGUAUGAAUUUGACGUUGAAUUUGACAUUCCUAUCACUUAUCCUGUGACUGCACCUGAAAUAGCACUGCCAGAGCUAGAUGGAAAGACAGCAAAGAUGUACCGAGGAGGAAAGAUAUGUCUUUCGGAUCACUUCAAACCAUUGUGGGCAAGAAACGUGCCGAAGUUUGGCAUUGCACAUGCUUUCUCACUAGGAUUAGACAUAAGUCAGGUUCUGGUAUCAUUUCCGAUUCACUGUCUCCCAUCCUUGUCCUUCGAAUUAGUCAUCAUCAUCAGGGAUGCAGCAUCUUGUUAUGACGGCCAUCUAUAA